AUGUACACGGAGUCAACUUUUCCAACCUUGCUACUAAGGAAUCUUCCUGCUUUAAAUGGUAGUGAUUUGAUUAAGUGUUAUGAUAGUUCCACUGAAAAUCUUCUUGAGGUGGUUAGGGGUUUUCUUCCAGCAGAAAAACGUUUUCCGCGCACCUUGGUGCAGGUCGCGAAGUUGGAGCUCCCGCCUUGGUGGAAUGAGGUGUGUUCAGAGGCGGUUAGAUGUAGGAAGGAAGCCAUUAGAAAGUUUCUGUCGGCGCCUUCUGAUAGUACUUAUCUCGAAUUUCGAAAGGCUCGUGUUGAUUGCUCUAAGAAGCUUUCAGAACAAAAGCGCAUUGGUUGGCGCAAUUUUGUUGGCGGUUUUGAUUCUAAGACUCCUACUAACAGAAUCUGGGCUUUGAUUAAGAGUUUUAAAAGAAAGUCGUCACAACUGGACUUUUCGUUACAGGAUUUUAUUCAGGUCUCUAUGGAGGCCAUCUCCAAAUUAUGUCCCUCGUUAUCUUUUUUUGACAGAUCCGAGACUCUUGCAAGCAUGAAGGCGGAAGACGAUCAAAAUCCUAAUAUAUGUGCGUGGUUAGACGAUCCUUUGACACUCAAGAAAUUCCGAAUUGCGCUUGAGUCAUUGCGAAGGAACUCUGCUCCUGGUUUAGAUCAGAUUUGCUACAAGAUGAUGAAUCAAUUGCCUGAGGAAUACGAGACUUGUUUGCUGGCCAUCUUCAAUGAGAUUCUUUCCGAGGGUACUUUCCCAGAUUCAUGGAAGACUUCGCUGAUCAUAUUCAUUUCUAAGCCUGGUAAUAGGGCGGUCAGACCUAUUUCUCUUAUGUCAUGUGUAAACUCAUGGAGCGAAUUCUCUACAGAAGGUUGGUUUGUUGAGUCCAAUCCGAUCCUCCCUCAGGCUCAAGCGGGCUUCAGGCCCUUUAGAGGUUGUGACGAUAAUUUAGCUGUCUUGAUCUCUGAUAUAAGAACCGGUUUUCUCGAACGUUCCGUUACGGUUGAGGCGUUUUUGGACAUAGUGGAAGCUUUUGACAAUGUGGAUCCAUUCAUCCUCUCAGAAGACCUAAAUGGGAGUUCCGGUUCUCUUCAGGUGAUAAGGGAUGGCGUUGUGGGCGCAACUGUCUUCUCGCCUGGUAUGGAUGGAGUCAUAAAGCAUAGAUUACCCUCUGAAACUUCGGUAUUCUUUGCUGAAUUAUGGGCCAUACUCCAGGCUAUUCAAUUUAUCGGAGACCUUAAUAUCAAGAAGAGCGUGAUCUUCUAG